GCAGGCGAGCGCGUCUCAGGUUGGCUGUUCCUGGCUGAGCCCGCGGCAACCCCGGCGGCGGCCGGAGCCAGAUGCUCGCGGGCUCUGUGGGCUUCAGGCGUUUUCCUCAGUGGUACAGCGCCAACUCUCUCCCGCCGGAUAGGGAGACCUGGCGGCGCUCUGCUCGAGAACUCGUAUCUCAGCCUCCGAGCUCCUCCGGAGAAAGCCAAGUGCCACCAGGUGAAGCCGGUGUCCCAGAACAGCCCCGGAACCUCUGCCGCCAGAUUGCACCUUUUGAGAACCGCGACCGCCGAGCGUUUUCCAGCGCCUGCAACGCAAGGCGCGCGGGGACAGUUGGGUCCACUACGUGGGAAGGGGCGACUAGGACACUGAUGAUGGAUGCACAGACCUGGCGCGCGGGAUGUUGCUGUCUCCUCCUUCUGGCUCUCGUUGGGUCUACUCGGAGCGAGGGCGUGCAGAGCUGCGAAGAAGUUCGGAAACUUUUCCAGUGGCGCCUGGUGGGAGCUGUCAAGGGGCUGCCGGAUUCGCCGCGGGCAGGACCUGAUCUACAGGUUUGCAUAUCCAAAAAACCUACCUGUUGCACCAGGAAGAUGGAGGAGAGAUACCAGACUGCAGCUCGCCAAGAUAUGCAGGAAGUCCUUCAAUCAUCCAGCUCCACAUUAAAGUUUCUAAUAUCGCGAAAUGCUGCUGCUUUUCAAGAAACCCUCGAAAAUCUCAUCAGACAAGCAGAGAAUUACACCAGUAUCUUCUUCUGCAACAGCUACAGAAAUAUGGCCUUAGAGGCUACAGCUUCAGUUCAGGAGUUCUUCACUGAUGUGGGGCUCUAUUUGUUUGGCGCAGAUGUUCAUCCUGAAGAAUUUGUAAACAGAUUCUUUGACGGUCUUUUCCCUCUGGUCUACAAUCACCUCAUUAGCCCUGGUGUGACGGACAGUUCCCUGGAAUACUCAGAAUGCAUCCGGAUGGCUCGCCGGGAUGUUAGUCCCUUUGGUAAUAUUCCCCAAAGAGUGAUGGGGCAGAUGGGGAGAUCGCUGCUGCCUAGCCGCACAUUUCUGCAGGCACUGAAUCUGGGCAUUGAAGUCAUCAAUACCACAGACCAUUUACACUUCUCCAGAGAGUGCAGCAGAGCCGUCCUGAGGAUGCAGUACUGCCCUCACUGCCAGGGCCUGACUCUCAGCAAGCCUUGCAUGGGGUACUGCCUCAACGUCAUGAGAGGCUGCUUGGCACACAUGGCAGAGCUGAAUCCACACUGGCAUGCCUACAUCCGGUCAUUGGGAGAGCUGUCAGAUGCCAUGCAUGGAACAUAUGACAUUGAACAUGUGCUCCUGAACUUCCACUUGCUUGUUAAUGAUGCCGUGAUGCAGGCUCACCUCGAUGCACAAAAGUUAUCGGAGCAGAUCAGUAAGAUUUGUGGCCGUCCAAUCAGAACACCUACACAAAGCCCCCGUUGUUCUUUUGAGGGAAGCAAAGAGAAGCAUGGGAUGAAGAUCUCUCCAAGAAAUGGUGAAGAGACACUUGCCAACAGAAGAAAGGAAUUUAUCAACAGCCUUAGACUGUACAGGACGUUCUAUGGAGGCCUGGCUGAUGAGCUCUGCGUUAAUGAAUUAGCUGCUGCCGAUGGACUACCAUGCUGGGACGGGGAGCAUAUAGUAAAAAGCUAUACUCAGCGUGUGGUUGGAAAUGGAAUCAAAGCCCAAUCUGGAAAUCCCGAAGUCAAAGUCAGAGGAACUGAUCCUGUGAUAAAUCAAAUUAUUGAUAAACUAAAGCACGUUAUUCAGUUGUUGCAGGGUAGGUCACCCAAGCCCAACAAGUGGGAACUGCAGAUGGGCAGUGGCGGUGGCAUGGCUGAACAGGUCAGCGGGGAGUGUGAUGAUGAAGACGGUUGUGGGGGAUCGGGAAGUGGAGAAGUCAAGAGGACGCUGAAAAUCACGGACUGUAAGUACAUGAGUCUAACACCACUUCUAAAGAAUUAAUUUUGAAAUAUAAUUGAAGAUAAUUAUUAUUGUGAAUGUAAAGUAAUAAUGAUAGUGAAUUCAGAAGCAUGCAAAAGGAAUUGGAAAUGAAAAUGACCCCAUUUUUAAGUUAUUCAGGACAUGUAUUCUUGGGGGUUUUGUUAUCUUUAACUCAUGGCUUUGAAUGGAAAUGGCAUUUUAAUUUUUUCUGAGAAAGACUAGUGAAUGACCAGUUCUGAGAAUUAAAGGCUUUAAAGGCAGAUGGUCCUCAGGGCAUGAAAUGACUAUUAGGGUGCCUAUUAAAUGCAUAUUGGUAAAUAAUGUCAAACCAGGAUGGGUAAACUCUACUAAAUAAUCAAAUUCUGCAACUUCAUUGUAUUGUGCCAUUACAUAAAAGAUACUUUACCAGGUUUGCAUCAGAGUCGAAUUGCAAAGAAAUUGGUUAAAUAUAUGGUUAGUGAUAGUGGAAACUGCUCAGAUUUAACUCUUAGGAAUUUGUUCUCCCAAAAAAACUCUCACCGGUCAUUCGCCUUGUUGUGGUUGUUUGAGUUUGAAAACCGUUUCCGGUAUGGCUGGACUGAUCACCACGGCAAAAGAUGGAGCUUGCAAAUGACAACAGCCACAACAAAUCACCAGAUGAACUUUGUUUUCUUUUCUUCACUUUCAAAGAUGAGGCAUAUUGGCUCUUUCUUGUUAGGUAUGUGCAGAUGUUCAGGUGGGCAAGACAACCAAAGUUAUCAACUGAGAAAGAAGGAUGAAAGUUAAUGUACCCAGGGCAGCUACCUUCCAGCUCUUUAUUUAUCUCAGGUCAUACCAAAGGUGACUACUUUAUAAAGUAAUUUUCUGGACCUGUGCAGCCCUAUCUGGAGGCUAGUCUGAUAGUUUCUCUCUAAAUCACAAAGGGCUGCUUUGGAACUGUUAGACAUGUCCUUUCAUGACUUUGGUGGGAGAAGAAUUCAUUUGCUUUUCACUUCUUGUAAUAAAUUUAGAACACUACACAUGCUUCAAGCAUCAAUACUGCAUUCUUUCUAGGCUCUUGUUUUAUAAGGUAGAUAUAUUGGUUAAAAAAAUGGAAGCCAAAGAGGUGCAAAAUACAAAGGACAAUUAAUAUGAAGAAACAUGUUUUCCUGUUAGAAAUAGAAAUGAAUUUAAUACAGAAAGUAAAUAGAUGGCGCGGGGUGGGGGGGUUGCCUGGGUGACUCAGUUGGUUAAGCGACUAACUUCAGUUCAGGUCAUGAUCUCAUGACUCAUGAGUUCGAGCCCCACCUCGGGCUGUGUGCUGAUAGCUCAGAGCCUAGAGCCUGCUUCGGAUUCUGUGUCUCCCUCUCUGUCUCUGCCUCUACCCCGCUCACGCUUGCUCUCGCUCUCUCUCUUUCAAAAGUAAAUAAACAUAAAGAAAUUAAGAAAAAAGAAAGUAAAUAGAUGGGAUUUAGUACAUUGGAGCAGCAGUUGAACCAAUGGCCACAAAAUGUCUUGAUAUAUUAAGGCAAUUUCUUUGUGAAAAUUAAAUAUCUUAUACUCUUGUAGGGGCAGGUUAGGAUACAUGUUUUUGUUAUUGGUAUUAAUAUAGUUUUAUCAGGCUGAUUCUUCUGUUUUACUCUAUAUUUUGUUGGUUAGACCAAAACAACAAGAAAAGGAGGAAGUAGAAAAUGAAAAUGAAAGGGUUUUCAUUAGAAAAAAAUUAUUUUUCUAAGAGUUAAAAUGUCCUCCAUUGUAUUUUGGAAUUAUGAUACUUAUCUAUUAGGAUAAUAUUAGUUAGUCUUUCAUUUUCAUUUUAUCUUCAGUAUUUCCAUGUACCAUAAUUUUAUUGCAAUUUGACUAUUAGUAGGGCUUUAAGGCAUAAAUAUUAUUAUAAAGAAUAGUUGAAGUUGAAACUUCAUCUAUAAAUUAUAUGCAUGUAUAUGUGUGUGUGUAGAAUUAGCAUUUUUAUAGGAAUUUUUUCACUCUGGGAGUUAUUUAUAAGCUCAAGAACUCAUUAUGUAUUAAUAGAUUACUCUCUCCGUCUCUUUUUUUUGUUGUUGUUGUUUAUUUCACAAGAGAAGUAGAGAUAGUGGAGGAUAUUCAACCGCUAAUAAUUUUCUCACAAACCAUACUUGUCAAGGUGGCAAGAAUGAAUUUUUACCUCAAAACCUUGUUUUCAAUUAUUACUGAUAUGAACACGUAUGGUGCAAGCAACUAUCCAUCAGAAUUGGAGAGAUUUAAGAUUUAGAUGGUUUUCAGCAACUCCAGGCAAACAUUUUUUUAAAAUCCACAUCUGCUGUAAGUGGAUUGCCUAUCGUGUUUCUCAGAGUUUAUAGCUGUUGCCUUUCAAUUUUUAAUAAGUGGUUAGGAAACCACUGUGGAUAGUAUGCUGAAAUAAAUAGGGGCAGGGAAAGUAGCAAUGCAUAGGUCACAUUUCUAUUUUUAUACAGCACGAUCAUAUUUUCCUUGUGUUUGUCUCAUUUGAUAUAUUGCUAAAGCAAGUUGAGACCUAGUUUUAGAUGGCUAUAAUGACUUAAAACUCAAGUGCUCUAGAAAGUUUGCCAGGUUUGAAUUUGAAUAAAGAACUUGAAAUGCACCAUUGUCUCUUCUUUACACGGAUGUGUAUUCUUUAUAAAAUACAACCUUACUACAAUACAGUUCAUUUGUCACCUCAAAAAUGUCUGAUUAGAAAGAGUUAUACCAAAAUGUAUUUAUGUAAUUAUAGCCAUGUAGGAUUACAUGGAAUAACAUUACUAUUGUGUUCUGCAAAUUUGAUUUUGCUUCAUUUAUGACAAUUUUCAAAGCUGGUGAAUAUUUUACUAAUUAUUCCUUAACCUGAUCUUCCAUCUGUUCUUGUUCAUGUUUAUUUCAAACAAGAGAGGGUUCUACACACUUUAACGGGCAAAGUUUUACCAUCAAAAUAUUUAUAUACCUUUUAGGUAUCAUUUUGUUUUCAUCACCAAUGGUAUCAAAUAACUUAACAACUUUUUAGCUUUCAAAACUACCUGGUGGCUAUUAUGAAAUGAUAACUGAUAUGUUUCUUAUAAAAAGCAGCCAUCUGUACUCUGCAGUGUUUACUCUUAGGAAACUGAAAAUAUUUUCCUAUUUCAGUAAAAUGAUUUAAAAAUUCCAAUCUUAUGGGAACUUACUCUGUGCUUUUUUUUAGGUAUUGAAUCUGGCUCAUUUGUAUAGGUGUGGUUAUUUCACUAGUAACCUCGAAGUGUAGGGUCAAAAUGGCUUUGAACCUUCAUUUUGCCUCACUUGACACUUGGCACCCUUUCAAAGUAGCUGAUUGAUGCAGGUUCUAAACACCAGUGGGAAAAAACAAGUUCUGUUCUUUUAGCCAUGCAGAGCAAACAUAUUGACACAAUCAUCAAUACUUUUUCAACUACUUGACUAUUCUUCUAAUACCCGAAAUUCUGAUAGUUUCAAAUGUUGAAAAACAAACCAGAAUGGCACUAAAAUACGAGCUGCAGCAAAACUAUUCCAUGUAUCGUUUUGGAAUCUGUAGUAGCAUUGCUUGCAAUUCAUAUGUGAUAUUGUAAUUUAAAUUUCAAUUUUAAAGAAAAACACAGACUGUGUUUUCUGUGUAACCUAGAACCAGAUUCAUUUUGAUAAGGUGGUUCACAGUGAUAACUCAGAUGCAUUGAAUUUGACCCCAGUUUGUUUCAGCUAUAAUACAUUCAAGAAUAGUAGGGUGAUUUUCAGUUUUCAAAUUGUGAUAAUUUCUAUUGUCAUAUUCAUCAUUGUUCAUACAAUGUUAUACAGUGUGUUUAGCAGUUUUAGAAAUAAUUUUAUUUUAGCUAAGCAACUGUAAAUGGCAAGAAAGAUCGUUUGGUGUGUGUUCAGAUGACUUUUUUCCUAGUGGUCAUGUCUCCUUUUUCCUCAACAUGUCUCUGCAGAAGGAUCAUCGUAUGGGUUCAUAAAGACUGGUGCAUUCAGAGUACCAGUGCAGCAAUCUGGUCCCUCGGCUUCCUAUUCAGCCACCCAAAGUCUUUCUUCUAAAGGACUGUUAGCCUUUAGGUUCUUAUUUCAUUAGCUGCUCUUCUUCUUCUCUUUGUUUGGGUUUUCAUCAUCAUCCCAAAUUCUAAAUAUUUCUAGAAUGCAGGACUCAGUUCUCCAACCUUUCAUCAUCUCUGUUCUCAAUGAUUCCCUGUUCCGCAAACUGCUUACUGCGUCGUAAGAACAGUGGUGAUACAGUACCCGGCCCCUGAUAGCACCGUCUAGUUUAUGAAGCAUUCCCCUGUGUUUUAUCUCAGGAGGUAAGUUUAUGAAUACCAAAGGUGUUCAACUUAAUGGAGAUUAAUUUGGAAGUAGAAGGGAAAUACAUCAAAAUAUAAAGCUACUAGAUAUGGAAAGAAACUUUGGUUCACCUUCAAUAGCCUAAAAUAAAUAGAACUGUUGUUUAUAUUGGGUUUGGACUUGUCACUUAGUAACUAACCUUAGAGCAGCAUCUGACAAAUGCAUCUACAGCAUGGUACUAACAAUGACCUUGGAAAAGAAUAGUAUAUUCCAUGUGCAUAGUAAAAUGAAGAUAAUAAAUAAUACUUUGUUAACCACUGAAGAAUAGAAGUUGCUGAUUUAUUUAGUGAUGCACGAUUGUAGAGUGAGUGAAAAUUCUUGGCUUCCUCAAACUUGUUUUUGCCACAAAUCACCUUUAUUUCAGAAUCUCAGGCAUAGAGGUCAAGGAGAACUCAAAAAAAUUACAAGUGGAAUUUUCUUUAAAAAAUGCAGUCUUUAUUUUUCUUUUCAGAAUUACUGAAACUAUGUAAUUAUUCAUUUUGUAGAAAUCAUUUUAUAUUAUCUAUUGAUGAUUUUUUCCAAUAUAAAUUACGUCAAACAGAUAAUACAACUAUGCAUUUGUUUAUAUUAAUCAUAGUUUCCUUGAAAAAUAAUAGUUCCAAAUAAGCAUAUUAAAAGUAUGUGUAUUCUUUCUAAAUUAAAGUUUCACCAAAUUCAAUUAAAACAAAAUGUAUUUAGUUUACUUUGCAAAGUGUUGAUAAAUGGCCCUUUAAUAAAUUAUCCUCAAUAUAAGAAAGUUUACUAAAAAUAACUAGCUAUGUGUUUAUUCAGUGAUGCAAAAAAUAAAUCAUCUUGUAUAAGGUUACUUAGAUUCAAAUCUUUGUGACACAAAGAAAGUAAUCUUGAAUAAUGACUAUAUAUACUUUAAUGUACAUUUUAUAAUGCCUAAUACUGAAGGAUCAUGAUAAAGCCAAAAAGAUUUUCACAAAGAAACACUUCCUGAUUCUAUUCAAUGUUGAAAAAUAUAAACAGUUUGAAACUGUCAUCUACUACAGUCUUUACACUACUGGUGAAUAUUAUACUAAAGAGAAAUGAAGUACAUCUUUAAGAUAAAUAUAUUUUAAUUAAGAUGUGAUAACUAUGAAUAUUAUUCUGAUUAUACACUUCCAUUUCGGUGUCUAAAUAAUUGAGACUCAUCCUGGCUGCUUGCUAUUUUAUUAACAAGAUUGUGUAGUGGUAUCUGGAUACCUAAUGAAACAUCUAAAAUCAUCAUUCAUUCUCUUGAAACAUUAUAUAUCACAUUCGUGGAUUUAAAUAAUAGAAUUGGAAUAAGAGGGUUUGUCCUUGAAUGCCUAUGGAAUGAUUUUCGUUGCUUUGGCUUAGACACAGAACUGAUGUUCAAUCACUCAGGUGAAGAGGGAAGACUUAUUAAUUAAAGCUUACGAAGCCUCCUAGCAUGCAUCCCAGAUCAAGCAGGUAUUCUGCAGAUCUCGUGACUAAAUCUGUACCAUGCCAGAGGACGUAAAAUGAAGAAGCUAUGGUCUCUCUGAACUAGCACAAUGCUCAGUAUGACUGUGUGACCAAUAGAGGAAGUAAAAACUGAAAUUUUUAAGAAACUAUUAUCAGAUACAUUUUGUCAUGGCUUGCCUGGAGUCAUGUGACUGUCAGUGAAACCAGAAACAAAUCAUAUUUCUACCCAGGUCUAUUUUUAUAGCCUUUGGUUGCAAAUACACAGAAUGGUUAUUGAAAUUGUCUCUCAGGAGGAAUUGAUAAAGUGGAUCAUGUAGAAACAAGUCAGGUAUACUUUCAGCUCCUUAAUGACUUCCAUAUCUCUAACUAAGUACAAAUAGUAUUUCAUAUAGGAUUUUGACCAAUUAAGUGCUCAUCUAACUAUAAAUAAUUAAUAUAAACAACAGAGCAUGUGAUCUGGGCCCAGAGCUUGUCAAAGUUGCUUGUGUAUACAAAACACUUGGGGUCCUUGUUAAAAAGCUGAGUCUGAUACAGGAGGUCUAAGGGGGGCAUUGCUUGUAUGCUUCUAUAUGAUGCUCUUGCUGCUGGUCUAAGAACCAUUUCUUCCAUGAGGAACAAACAUGUGUACCCUUGUUUAUUAUAUCCCUUAUUUAUUAGUAUAUCUAAAGCUUUAUUAAAGUAGCAUGAACUCUUAAAACACCAUCUACAUGUAUAUGUUAGCAUACCAAAAGAACAUCAUAUACACGAAGGCGUUAGGGACUAUAACAAUUAGACUGGGAGUGUGGCUUACCUUAUAUGAUUUUUGGUUAUCAGUCUGUUUGACUGUUUUAAGCCAAGGGUUUUCUUCCUAACACCAAAGGAGAUCCACUUCCAUCUUUUCGUGGGGUCUGAAGCCUUCAGGUAACACUUGCUUCAAGCAGCCUUCCAUUUUGGAACAGUGCCUCUUGUAUGUGAGCAGAAAUGUCUCACUUUCAUCUCUACAAGUUUGUGAUGAACACUGAAGAAAUAGUUUGCACAAGCUCCUGACUCAUGUUAAAUUCCAACAGAGAUAAAUCAAACUUUCAUGUGAACUAAGAGGAGGGAGAGAGACUAUCUAAAUGGGGCAAUCAGAAAAUACUGCAUAGGGGAGACAGGGAAAGGGCCAUCUGAAAAAACAAAUUAAUGGCAAUGUUUACGAGAAAGUGGCAUUUGAGAAGGUGGGUGCAUGACUUAGUUUCAGCUAUUGACAACAGGAAGGAAGAAGGUAUCUUGUGAAGAGCGAGCAUGGUGAACGGAGAUUGGGGAGCUGUGAGGAGAGAGGGGAGGACCAACAUUAUUCAAAUGUGGCUUGAAAAUAUCAUAAUGGGUUCCAAAUUCAAGAGUGAAGAGUUUGCAUUUUAUUCGUUAAGCAAAGAACUAUUACAAGUUUUUCCAUGUGGUCAUUUUGUUUGAAUGUGCAGUGUUAUUUUUACUAGCAAUACAGUGAACUGGUUAAAAAAACAAACGUGUAAAUGAAGUGUAGCUUGCACAAGUAAUUUACCAAUUACCUUGCACACAUAAUUGUGCUGUGCCUGAAUUUCCUUAAGAUGGGGAUAAUGAUAGUACUUUCCAAGAACAUCCUGCGAGGGUUAAAUAACCUAAUCCGUACAUAGCAUUACAGGAGUGCCCCAUCCAUCCCCACACUGAACCAGAAAAAGUUGUUGAGUAAGAUAUGUAAAAGGAUUUUCCUAAAUGCUUCUACCGUGAACUGGCAAGAAAGAAAGGAAUAUUCCAUACAACCAGGUGAAGUCAUAACAAUAAUAUAGAGAUAGAGACGAAUAUAGAUGUAUAGAAAUAGAGAAAAAUCUAUAAUUACACACACAUACUCACACAUGCACAGUUUAAGGAAAAUGACAAAAUGAAUUUGUAUGUACUUCUCUACCCAGUCAAAUAAACAGAAUAUUUCCAUGUCUCUGUGUGCCUCUCCCUGAACACAUUACACUCCAAGAAUUUACUAUGAUCAUAAAUUAUAUAUAAAUCAUUCCCUUUUCCUCUUGUUAAGAGUUUUCACCAUCAAUCUAUGCAUUUGCAAACAUAUAUUGCUGGAGUUUGCAUUCUAUGUAAGUGGAAUCAUGUCAUUUUUGUUGUUAUGUGGUAUGUUCCUUUCACUUAAAUGUUAUAUUUUUGAAGUUCAUCCAUGAUGAUGGCUGUAGAUGUACUCAUUUAUUUUACCAAGGAAUAGUGUUCUCAUUUAUGGGCACACACACCCGCUUAUUUAUUCUCUUGUUUAUGGAUACUGGAGUUGAUUUCAGUUUUUGGAUAUAGUGAAUUAUGUUGCCGUAAACCAUCUUGAACGUAUCUCUUGAUACACAUGUAUAAGAGCCUCUGCAGUAUAUACCUAGAAGUAUCAUGACAAUAUCUCAAAGCAAAGCAUGCAUAUGUUAAGCUUUACUAGGAAAUGUCAAACUGCUUUACAGGGUGAUUGAGUCAAAUUUAUAUGGUUAACAGCAAUAAAUAAGAGUUCAUUAUUAUUUAUUGCUCCCCAUUGUUGCAAACGUUUUCCCCCAUUGUCACUACUUUUGUGUAUCUGUCCAAAGAAUUGAAGUGGAAGAGUAUUUUAUUCUAUAUUAAUUUCUGUUACCAUGAUAAUUCAUUGAAUGGUGCUUUUUCAUAGGUAUAUGAAAUUCCUCAUAUACUUACUCAUCUGAAAUGUCUUAUAUGUCAUUUUCCCUUCUCUAUAGCAUUACUUAUUUUCUUUGACAGAUGCACUCAGGAUAAAAGUCAACUUCAGUGAUGUAGUUAUCUAUUUUACUUAUCAUCUUCAGGAAAGUCAGGAUAGAUUCUUGAAUAUUUCUUUUUAUUUAACUAGUUUUAAGAUAAUGAAUUGGUACCCUCCCUUUCUCAGAAGGUGACCAAUUCUUUUUUUUUAACACCAUCAAAAAAUCAGGUUUUUAAAUGUUUAUUUUUUUAUUUUGAUAGAAAGAGAGAGUAGGGGAGGGGCAGAGAGAGGAAUAGAGAGAGAAUCCCAAGCAGGCUCCACACUGUCCAAACAGAGGCUGUGGGCUUAAUCCCAUAAACGUGGAGAUCAUGGCCUGAGCCAAAAUCAAGUGUUGGACACUUAACCAACUGAGCCACCCAGGCACCCUAAAAGAUUGUACAAAUUAAGGUCAUCACAAAAGUAGCUUUAAGA